CGUGCAUAAUUAAAGAACAAUUGCGUAUCGGCUAACUAUGACAUAAGUCAUUAUUAAAAAAUGUAUAUUGGUUAAGUAUAGUUAAAAUAUAACUUUAAUUAACAGAAAAUAAAAAUAUAUAUUUUAAAAAAUUCAAGUUAAUUGUGUUAUAUAUUAAAUAUUUCAAUUAGCGAGUCAACCUGCUUGAAUUAAAAUGUAAGAACUAAUUGUAUAGAUAAAAGUUUGAGACUGUUACAUGUACAUUUACGGAAACAUAUUGGCAUACAUUUGCAAUCGAAACAUUUAAUAAAUAAGUAGAUUGCAUUUUUAUUACGAAUACUAAUGAAUUGAAUAAUACCCGCGAAAUUUGAAAUCCAAACAGAUAUGAUAUAGGUAUGUAACAAGGGGUGUGAUGUUCUAUCACCGCUGGGGAUAACGUUCGCAACUUACUACACCUCGGACCGUUACACUUGGUUAACCAAGACAAUCGAGAUCAACGAUUGCUUGCAACACACGUCAAAGGUAGCCUCGACUGUUAGUCAGACCUGUUUCUUUCUUUUAAACAUUUUUUAUCCUUCACCUUGUUACAUGCUAUUAGUUUUUAUACUAACAAAGGUUCAUAUCGUUUCAGUGUUAUUACAGCAGCGCUCGAACAGUGUAUCUUACUAAUUAUCAAUUUUAUCUCAUUUAAGCAAUUAAUAAUAUAGAAAUCCAAAAACACCUAUCAAAACAUUGUGAUGAUAAGAUAAGUGACGAUGAUAGAAGAUCGAUAUGCCACGACUAAUACUUGGCAGACUCUAUCGAAAAAUUCGAAAGUACGAUGCGCGGGAUUUCACGAUAUGCAAAACUAAUAUUAUUUCUAUGCGUUGGUUCCAUAAUUUUUUGUGCAAUUUUUGGUAUUCUUCCAAGUAUCCUCAAAAGAGUUAAUAAAGUGGUUGUGAAACAAAUAAAACAUCGACAACAAAUAAAAGAAGAAUUACUAAGAAAUGAACAGAUUGAAACGACGUCUGUACUUGGAAAAUGGCUCUUAUCUUCUGAAGGAAGUUUAACACCGCCGAUAAUAAAUAAGAGAAGGGAACCGUAUUUGAUCUUAAUUUGGAAGCACGGAAUGUUUUUGGAACGUAGGCACAUCAGACGUUUUACGAAUAAAAAGUUUUCACCUUGGGAAAAUUGUACAGUAAAAUGUGUACUAAGUUACCAAUCCAAAGAUUUAAAUAUAGCAGAUGCAGUUGUGUUUCAUUUGCAUCUGACACAAAAUGUACUGGAAUUGCCAAUCAGAACACGAUGGAAUCAGAGGUGGAUCUUUUUGACUGAUGAAUCGCCAAUACACACUUUUAUCUAUAGAAAUCAACAAUUGUCUAAAUAUAAUGGUUUAUUUAACUGGUCGAUGACAUAUCGAAUGAAUAGCGAUGUACCAGUACCUUACGGCAGAACGAUUUCUACUUCGUUUAUAAAUUCACCAAAUAUAAAUUUUUCGAAAGAUCUGAUACAAAAAUCAAAAACUAAACUGGUCACUGUGAUGGGUAGUAAUUGCGGGGGCACUAAUGAUCGAUGGAAAUAUAUUAACGAAUUGAAAGUAAUUCUCGGUAAUGAUCUUGAUAUAUAUGGAAAAUGUUUAAAUGGUAAUACGACCGCAUGUCCGGGUCAUUUCGAUACAGAUUGUUCUGUUUUAAAUUCCUACAAGUUUUAUUUAGCUUUUGAAAAUUCAAAUUGUAGAGAAUACUUAACAGAGAAAGUAUUCUGGCAUGGUUAUCACAAAUUAGCAAUACCAAUAAUAAUGGGUGCACCAAAGAAAGAUUGCGAGAAAUUAUUACCACCACAUUCGUUCCUUCACGUUAGUGAUUUUGUUAAUCCGAGAGCUUUAGCAGAUUAUAUUCACUAUCUUAAUAAGUACGAUGAUAAAUAUUUCGAGUUCCACGAGUGGCGUAAAUAUUACAAAGUAAUCAACGAACAUGGUUAUUUUGGCAGUAUGUCACGACAUUAUUGCCGUAUUUGCGAAGCUCUUCAUUAUAAUUCUCCUGCUCCCAAAGUGUACGAGAAUAUGGAAUUGUUUUGGAACAAAAAACGAGAUUGUACUGUCUGAUAUAUUUAAAUUUUAUUUGUCUUUGUAUUAUAUUGUUAUCACUGUUUAACGUUACUGAAUUACAUUUUUAUCUGUUAAA